AAUUCCCCACACGGAAGUACCUACGCGCGUUGCGAAAUCUUGAAGCGCCAUCAUAAUAGUUGUUUACCUCUUCGUCGCUGGUUAGUGGUUAUAAAAACCGGAAGCAGGGCCAGACUUCAACAAGGUGAAUUCUCUCUUGGUUAAAAGAGACCACACAGAAUUUGAACCCACCGAUGUUUACGUUUUACACGUCAGAGAGUGAAGGAGUCAGGACAGAUCAUCAUGGCUAGCCAAGAUGCGAGUGCUAUCAGCGACGAGUCCCUCUCGAAAAUAGCAUCUGGCCUGGGAGACACCUACUCUGAAUUGGCUGAGCAGCUGGGUUUUGACCAGGAUGAGUGGGAGAGCAUUUACCUCGCGUAUUCAGACCAGGGACCGAAGGAACAAGCCCAGUGCAUGUUGACAGCGUGGAGGGACAGGUUUCGGCAUGGAAGCGAGAGCAUCGACGGCCUGGGGGAGAAAGACUACCUGAUUCGGGCGCUCAGGAAGGUUGAGCGGUAUGACCUCCUGGGUAACAUCGGUGUGGAGGUUCUUGACAAUACUUUGCUGGAAAAUUUGGCAAGUGCCCUGGUCGAUUCUUGGCCAAUACUGGCUUCACAUCUACAACUGGACAUUAACCUGUACGUGAUGCUCUCGGAGCAGUUUGAUGAAGUCCGUGACCAGGCACGACGCAUGCUGCAGCUGUGGAGGGAAGGCUAUCCUGGACACGACAUGAUUUGCUGCCUGGCCAAGGCACUGAAGAAGAUGGGACGGUAUGACCUGUUGGAAAGAAUAGGGAUGGAAGUUUUUGACGACGAUUCUCUGAAGCAGUUGGCAGAUGCCCUUGGACACGCUUGGCCUAAUGUUGCAGACCACAUGGGUUUUGAUGAUGCAGACUGUCAGUCCAUCAUUGUUGUGUGUCCCAACGAGGUUGAUGAGCAGGCCUUGCAGAUGCUGACGUCACUGAGGGAGAGAUACGGAGGCCUCGUCAAAGUGGAUGAUCUAAAGAGGGCUCUGAGGAAAAUUGGACGGUACGACCUGCUAAAGUUGCUAGGGGAGGAAACUGUAGAGACAAUUACCAUCCGCAAAUUGGCAGAGGGUCUCGGUGAAUCCUGGACGGAGUUGGCGCUGUAUCUCAUGAUGGACGAUGUCCAGUGUGAAACCAUUCUGGAGGAUUUCCUGGAGCCCUGCCAGCAGGCGGAGGAGAUGCUAGUCCGUUGGCGGGAAAACUUCACUGGUAAAAACCAGGUUGAGUACUUGGGCCGAGCCUUGGUCAUGAUGAACCGCUACGAUCUUGCGGAAGAACUAGCUGGGUCGCGGUGCCUUCCAAAGUGCAAUUGCGGCAACACAGAUCCUUUCAAGAUGCGACGAUACAUAAGCAAAGACUACGAAGGCCUGACUCGGCCUAUCGGCCUGUGCUGCGCCUCCUGCGGCCAAGAGUGGCUAGCCGAACGGUUCCUGUUCCCUCCGGACGUAGACAACACCCGCCCAUCGGUGAAAGUGGACAAGGUGGUCCUGAAGGAACAGAAACCGGUUGCUGUGGAGAAAAAUCCGGUCUUUCAAGUCAGGGAUUGCCGCACCAAGAUAGAAUAUAUCGAUCGUCUCCGUGACUACUUGAAGGUAGGAGACCACAUCACUUGGCGCCGCCCUUACGGCAUUUGGCACCACGCGAUAGUGUUAGGUUUUACUGAUGAGAUUGGAAAAGUAAUCGUCAUUCACUGGAAUAAACCAAACUGCAGCGUUACCGCGCAGAUCGUAGAAGAGGAACUUGACUUACUCAAGCAGUGGGGGGACCUGUAUCGUAUCGAUUACUCUGAAGAGGUAACCCAGGUGAACACGCCAGAGUUGGUUCUUGCUCGGGCUAGAUCUCGAUUGGGGGAAAUUGGGUACAGUCUGCUCGGGGAUAACUGCGAGGCAUUUGCGUCCUAUUGUAAGACCGGCGUUGCAGAGAGCUGCCAGCUUGUCUGGCUGUAUCGCAAGUACACAGAAAUUAUCGAGAAGGCGCUGACUGAAUUGAAAGACGGCGUUUGGAAGGUUGGCUAUCAGUACGUCCGGAAAGAGUUGCUCUCAGAAGCAGGAAAGAAAACCCUUGGUGCGGUGGCUGGAGCCGAGUUUUUGGAGAGACUUGGCCAAGCAACUGAUGUCGUAGGUGUGGGUCUGGUGUUUCUCUUCGAAGGUAAAGCUUGUAUCUGGGACCUCGAAAAGAUUUAUGAAAAGCUGAAGUCAGGUGGCAUUUCAAGGAACGAUUUUAUCGAAACAGCUUCACGGCGCGUAGGCGAAGCAGUUAUUGGUGCUGGGUUAGGUUCGGUGAUGGGCAUAGCUGGGCAAGCUGCAGGGGGUGCUUUGGGUUCCUUUAUUCUUCCUGGAAUAGGCGGGGCUGUUGGGGCUUUCCUUGGAAGCGUAGUUGGAGGAACCCUAGGCAUCAUUUUGGGCAAACCUGUGGGUUCUGUCGUUGGACCCCACAUUGGCCGUGCCUUCACUUCUUUGAUGGGAACAGACGACAGGUCAGUGGAGAGUAUUGAAGACCUCCAACCAGGAGACCAGAUUGUUCUCUAUGGGAACCUGCUUCACCCUAGACACCACGCCAUAGUGGUUGAUCGGUACCCAGGGCUGGGGAAGGUCCAGGUGGUUCACAACACGUAUCAACAAGGCGUGGUUGAAGAGCAAGUAGAUUUCCCAGAGCGUGUGUACAGGCUGGUUUACGACGAGCAGAAGUGCUACCCGCCAGAGGAGGUCAUCAAGAGGGCCCGAUCAAAGAUCGGAAACAAGGAGUACAGAUACUCUCUGGUCUGGAACAACUGCAAACACUUCGCUCAGUGGUGCAAAGUGAAGUAGCCAACCAUAUCAGACCCGUCUUAUCUAUAUGCAGGCAUUAA